AAAAGGAAAAACAGAAUGAAGCGUAUUAUCUUACGAAACAGAGUCGUAUUGGCUUCUCUUCUUAUACUCAACGUCCUCAUGGCAACUCGCUUCAUCCUCUCUCGCUCGGUCCACCCUCUCCUUAAACGCCCUCCUCCUUUUCCCCACUUUGCCCCCAAACGUUUCCCCAAAUCUCAUCCUUGCCCCCUCUGGUCUCCCUCCUUCUCCUUCUGCCUCGCUACUCCCCACAAACCCACCACUCCCACCAUUCCAUCGUCACUCUCCAGUCGCUCUUGCUCCUCCCUCUCUGCCACCGCCAUGGCCGCCUCCGCCGCCGCAGACGAAACUGUCGCAGCCAACCCCCUCCUCCAAGACUUUGACUUCCCUCCCUUCGACGUCGUCGACGCCCAGCACGUCCGCCCUGGGAUUCGCGCCCUCUUGAAGAAGCUCGAGGCUGAUUUGGAGGAAUUAGAGCGCACGGUGGAGCCGACGUGGACGAAGCUGGUCGUGCCGCUGGAGAAGAUCGUUGACCGAUUAACCGUGGUUUGGGGAUUAGUCAACCACCUCAAGGCUGUUAAGGACUCCUCCGAGCUACGUUCUGCUAUUGAAGAAGUCCAGCCGGAGAAAGUUAAGUUUCAGCUUAGGUUGGGGCAGAGUAAACCAAUUUACAAUGCAUUUAAAGCUAUUCGAGAAUCUCCUGAUUGGCAGACACUGAGUGAUGCUCGCAAACGUAUAGUUGAAGCCCAAAUAAAGGAGGCAGUGUUGAGUGGUGUUUCUCUUGAGGAUGACAAAAGAGAUGAAUUCAACAAAAUUGAACAGGAACUAGAAAGACUGUCUCAAAAAUUUUCAGACAAUGUUUUGGAUGCAACAAAGAAGUUUGAAAAGUUAAUUACUGAUAAGAAUGAAAUUGAAGGAUUGCCAGCCACUGCUCUGGGAAUGGCUGCACAAACAGCGGUGUCAAAGGGGCAUGAAAAUGCAAAUGCUGAGAAUGGGCCUUGGAUUAUUACAUUGGACGGCCCAAGUUUCCUUUCUGUCAUGCAACACGCUCGAAACCGGGCUUUGCGUGAGGAAAUAUACCGUGCUUAUGUAGCUCGUGCAUCCAGUGGAGAUUUGGAUAAUACUGCUAUCAUUGACUCGAUUUUGAAACUUAGGUUGGAAAAAGCGAAACUUCUGAAUUACAAUAACUAUGCUGAGGUAAGCAUGGCAACCAAAAUGGCUACUGUUGAAAAAGCAGAGGAGCUCCUAGAAAAGCUUCGAAGCGCUUCAUGGGAUGCUGCAGUUCAAGAUAUGGAAGAUCUUAAGAAUUUUUCCAAGAGUCAAGACGCUCCAGAAGCUGAUGAUUUGAAUCACUGGGACAUCAGCUUUUGGAGUGAGAGGCUUCGUGAGUCAAAAUUUGACAUCAAUGAGGAAGAAUUGCGUCCAUAUUUCUCCUUGCCCAAGGUCAUGGAUGGCCUAUUUAGACUAGCAAACAUGCUUUUUGGAAUUGAUAUUGAGCCGGCUGAUGGUCUAGCGCCGGUUUGGAAUAUUGAUGUUAGAUUCUAUCGCAUCAAAGACUCUUCUGGGAGUCCCAUUGCAUACUUCUAUUUUGAUCCAUACACUCGUCCAUCUGAGAAACGGGGUGGUGCAUGGAUGGAUGAAGUUCUUGCUAGGAGUCAUGUCUUGUCACGUGAUGGUACCUCUGCAAGGUUACCUGUGGCACACAUGGUGUGCAAUCAAUCACCACCAGUGGGAAACAAGCCCAGCCUUAUGACCUUCCGUGAGGUAGAGACUGUCUUCCAUGAAUUUGGUCAUGCACUUCAGCAUAUGCUGACUAAGCAGGAUGAGGGUCUAGUUGCUGGUAUUCGGGGAAUAGAAUGGGAUGCUGUGGAAUUACCCUCUCAGUUCAUGGAAAAUUGGUGCUACCAUAGGGAUACUUUAAUGAGCAUUGCAAAACAUUAUGAAACUGGGGAGACUCUUCCAGAAGAGACAUUUUUGAAGCUUCUGGCGGCUAGGACUUUCCGUGCAGGCUCCCUGAGCCUUCGGCAGAUAAGAUUUGCAAGUGUAGAUCUGAAGCUGCACACAGAUUAUGUACCUGGUGGAGCAGAAUCCAUAUUUGAUGUUGAUCGCAGGGUUAGUGAACGAACACAAGUGAUCCCUCCACUUCCAGAAGACAGGUUCCUUUGUGGUUUCAGCCACAUAUUUGCAGGUGGAUAUGCAGCUGGGUACUACAGUUACAAGUGGGCUGAGGUGUUGUCUGCUGAUGCUUUCUCUGCAUUUGAGGAUGCGGGAUUGGAUAACAGCAAGGCUGUUAAAGAGACUGGGAACAAGUUCCGAGAAACCAUCCUUGCUCUUGGAGGCGGGAAAGCGCCACUAGAGGUUUUCGUGGACUUCCGAGGUCGUGAACCUUCACCAGAACCUCUGCUCAGGCACAAUGGCCUAUUAGCCACAGCUUCUGUGUGAGUUACACGGAAUUAAAAACGUUUACUUGGUCUUUUUCAAAUCAUUUUCGGUGCGUUUCAAGGGUGCUCGUAUGAACCAUGUAUUUCUUCUCCAAGAACUUGAAAAUAACAAAAGAAACGAAUGCAGUAGGAUUUCCUCUCUUAUUUGUUUCGGUUUGUGAUUACAAAAACAAAAAGUAAAGAUAUUAAGCUUUUUCCUCUCUU